AGCGCUGCGACGCGGAUACGCUGCCAAGAAAUUGUUGCGAUGAAUUUCGUUUCUAAUCGUGCUCGCCACUCAACAUUCUUUUAUAUCUAUAAAAUACUUACAUUGAUAAUUCUCAUAGGUAAUUUAGGGUAGUCUUUGCAUCCAGUUUGGACCAACUCCAGAAUGCGUCACGGUAUCGCCCUUUCGACCCUUGCUCUCGCAGCAGGGUCUCUCGCAGCCAACUGCAAUGGCUUCGCCGAGCUCUGCGACCGACGAUACAGCAAUAUUACUUUCGCGGGGGCACACAACUCCCCCUUCGUCGGUAUUGGUCCCUCAGACAACCAGUUCACAUCUCCGACAGAUCAGCUGAACCAAGGCGUGCGAUUCCUGCAGGCGCAAACCCAAGAUAAGGAUGGAAACCCGGAGAUGUGCCACACGUCUUGCAUCUUGGAAGAUGCCGGUAAUCUGACGAGCUACUUGGGCGAAAUCAAAGCCUGGGUCGACGCCAACCCGAACGAAGUUAUCACCUUGCUCAUUACGAACCCUGAUGCUAUCGACAUCACCAAAUACGGCGAUGCAUUCACGUCGACCGGUUUGGCUACCUACGUCUUCACACCAAGUGGACAACUCACGUUGGACGAAUGGCCCACGCUGGCGGACAUGAUUUCGAACGGCACCAGAGUCGUAGUAUUUAUGGACUAUAACAUGGACACUUCGAAGGUGCCCUACAUCCUCGACGAAUUCGGUUACUGGUUCGAGACCCCUUUCUCUCCGACGAAGGACAACUUCAUCCAGUGCAACAUCGACAGACCGGCGGGGGCUUCGGCAGACGGUCGAAUGUUCCUAGCAAACCACAACCUAAACAUCGAGAUUUUGCCCGACGUUCUAAUCCCAGACCCGGCGCAAGCGGCUGAUACCAACUCGAUCGCGUCUAUCACUUCGCAGACGGAUAUCUGUGUCCAGAACUACGGUCGUAACCCCAAUGUAGUACUGCUUGACUUCGUGAGUCAAGGAGACACGAUAGCGGUCCAGAACCAGCUCAACGGGCUGUCGUAAAGUUAUGAAGAAAUCGGCGGAUAUCCAAGGUGUAUUUAAUGAUGAUGAUGAUCUGUUCUUUAUUACGCGCUAUCCUUGUUCGACUUAGACUUGAUCAGAUAUUCAGUUACAACUUGCUAGGUGGAAAGAUCGUGGACGGAGAAUUUAUGGUUCUACUUACUAUGUACCUUACUAUUUGAUGUAUAUAUUCAAUUCUUGCAAAGCUAGCUAUUGGAACCGGUGUGCUAUUGGUAGUUGUUAUGCACAAGCUAAGUGUCAAAUAAGGACCCUGUAAUUUACAUAAGUGCCUAAUAUGAGGCUAAUCGACCCCUCUAUUGCAGGGGAUCGAACCUUCUACAACCACACUCAG